CAGGCGCAGAGGCGGCGGCGGAUGUUUACGGCGGCCGAGGGCGGAGCGGCGCACCCGGGGCGCGGACGCAGCAGGACGCCCCCGAGGAGCCGCAGGUCGCAGCCCGGGCGGUCCGAACGCGCCGACCCGCCGAGCCUGGAGGUAGAGCCGCCGCCGCCGCCCCUCGGCCCGGCCUGCGGCGAGCGGGCGUAUUGCCUAAGUGUAAUCUUGAACAUGGGCGGUGCUGUGAGUGCUGGUGAAGACAAUGAUGAGCUGAUAGAUAAUUUGAAAGAAGCACAGUAUAUCCGGACUGAACUGGUAGAGCAGGCUUUCCGAGCUGUCGAUCGUGCUGACUAUUAUCUUGAAGAAUUUAAAGAAAAUGCUUAUAAAGACUUGGCAUGGAAGCAUGGAAACAUUCACCUCUCAGCCCCGUGCAUCUACUCGGAGGUGAUGGAAGCCCUAGAUCUGCAGCCUGGACUCUCAUUUCUGAACCUGGGCAGUGGUACUGGGUACCUCAGCUCCAUGGUGGGCCUCAUUCUGGGUCCUUUUGGUGUGAACCAUGGGGUCGAGCUUCAUUCGGAUGUGAUAGAGUAUGCAAAGCAGAAACUGGACUUCUUCAUUAGAACAAGUGAUAGUUUUGACAAGUUUGACUUCUGUGAACCCUCCUUUGUUAUUGGGAAUUGCCUGGAGAUUUCUCCGGAUUGUUCUCAGUAUGAUCGUGUAUACUGUGGGGCUGGUGUGCAGAAAGAGCAUGAAGAGUACAUGAAAAAUCUUCUCAAAGUGGGAGGGAUCCUUGUCAUGCCACUGGAAGAGAAGUUGACUAAGAUAACACGCACCGGUCCUUCAGCUUGGGAAACCAAAAAGAUACUCGCUGUUUCUUUUGCUCCUCUGAUCCAGCCCUGCCAUUCAGAGUCAGGAAAACCAAGACUUGUCCAGUUGCCACCAGUGGCAGUUCGCAGCCUCCAGGACUUGGCUCGCAUCGCCAUCCGGGGCACCAUUAAGAAGAUUAUUCAUCAGGAAACUGUCAGCAAAAACGGAAACGGACUAAAGAACACCCCCAGGUUUAAGCGAAGGAGAGUUCGCCGCCGUCGAAUGGAAACAAUUGUCUUUUUGGACAAAGAAGUCUUUGCCAGUCGUAUUUCCAACCCCUCAGAUGACAACAGCUGUGAAGCUUUGGAAGAGGAACGGAGGGAAGAAGAAGAGAAGACCCUGCCUGAAACAAAGCCAGACCCCCCAGUGAACUUCCUACGCCAGAAGGUCCUAAGCCUCCCUCUGCCAGAUCCCCUGAAAUACUACUUGCUUUAUUACAGAGAAAAAUAAGUCUCCGGUUUGAAAGGGGGAAAUGAGGAAGAGCAGAUUGCUGAGUUUGAAGUUUGUGCUGCCUGUGUGCGGUUGAAGAGUGACCUGGAAGCAGAUGUUGUGGGGAAGGGAACUGCUGGACUCAUCCACGUCAUGGCUUUUUUCUAGUUCCUGAUAGACCUCUAAAAUUUUGUUUAGUUGUAUGAUUUCUUUACGUAAUUCAACAAGACCUACAUUGCAUAGAAGACUGCUUUCCCAAAUUGGAGAGGAUCUUCACAGAGAAAAAGAUAAGGGUGUUUCUUUUUCAGCUAUGAUGAAACACUAGUAAGUGUGCAUAAGAGGGACUGACGACCAUUUCUGAUACAACAUGCACGUUACUCACUAUAAAUGAAAACUGAAGUAGAAACUAACCUGUGUUGCUUAUAAAGUGUGAAAGCACAAGCUUAUAAAUGUAUACAAUCUUUCGUGGGUGUGACACACCUGUGUCCAAGCUUGAAUUUUUAUGAUAUGUGCCACUUAAUUACUGGCACAGAGUAAUACUGAACUUGUUAGUUUUCUAGUGGGGAAACAUUAUGGAGAAGCCCUCCCUUAUUUUAAGUAACUUAAUUAAAUCUUAUGUGAGUUGUCAGGUGUAAUUUUUCAAAGGAAAAAUUUUGAUGGGGUGGAGGAAUGAACAGCCAGGUAAUCUUUCUGGAAUUCCAGGAGAAUUCCAAAGAGGUGUUUUUUUUUUUUUUUUUUUUUGACACCUUCUUUUGAUAUCUUUAAAAGAACCACUGUCAAGUAACCCUUAAAAGAAUAUCCUGGAAAAUGAAGCAAGUUUUUUCCUGUGUGUGAGCAAUAAGCAAAGUUACAUUUGCCCUAACUGUAGGGAUGAUUCUUUACUCAAUUUUAGGUGUUGACACCCUCCAUCCUAAGAACAGGUGGAAAGUAUUAGGAGUGCAAGAAAUAGAUUCGGGACUGUAUUAUGGACAGCCUAUGCUUUUUGACUUCAGUUUGCUAUUUUUCUGUGAUCACAUUGGAGUACUGAUUCAUAGAUUCUAUCUUUUAUAAAUCUAGAGAGAAAGAGAUUUGUUAGUUUUGUAAUUUUUCAUAAGAACAAAUGUAUGUAUUUUAGCAGCUGUGUUGCAUGAGAACAGUGUAACUCACAGUAACUUGUGAAGUCGGCCGUCUCUGGGCCUUGUGUGUGGAGAGCUCUGUCCUACUAAGUGGUAGGGCUCAAAGAACAGCGGCCCUUUUGGUAGGCACGUGGGAGGAUGAUCAGAGUUACAUUGCUUGUUCCAAAACAUUGGUUCUUUUUAAAACUUUUUUUUUUUUUACCCAAAGAAAAGAGUAGUAUAAAUUAUUAACAGUAAGCAUAAAUUCAGAGUGUUGAUGUAGGAUUAAUUAUCCAGAUUUUAUUUUUAAUCUGAAUCCUCAGCUUCUUGGGAGUCUCUGUGGUUUUGCCAGCUUAGCUGAUCUUUUCUGUGUUUGUAAGUAACUGAGUCAUUUUUACUGUACAAUACAGUUUGCAUGUAUAGCUGGCAAAACGUGUAUUCCUCUAGACGGGCCAACUGUAGCCAUUUUAAAGAAAGUUAGUUCAGAGUUGUUUCCUUUUAACUCGUUAGUCAAGCUUCAUUCUUUCAGAGAGAGAUGUGUGAUUUACAUUUACUUGCUAAUGUUUUGUAGUUUUGACAUCCUUGUGGGCAUUAUUCUAACUAAUAUGUAGACACAUGGAAAUUUUUGGACAUAAUAUUAAAUGAGUGUUAUCUGUGAAAUUUUUUAGGUGGUUUGACUAAUUUUGUAUAUGGACUGCAUUUUUUAAAAACCGCAUUUGCCUUUAUGCUAGAUUGUAAAUUCCCUCAUAUAUUAGACAUUUCCUAGCAUUUCGUAUUUAUGUGUUGUCAGUUUGUGAUUUUAAAACCAGAAUUUGGUUUAAAAAAUAUGGUUGUAAUAUAUGUGAGAAAUAGUUUGGUGAUAACCUUAUGAAAAUAAAGGAUUGUAAGUAAGGUUUCCUGUGUACCUUAUACCAGAAAUUCAGUAUCAUAUACUACUUUCUGUUUUCAAACAGAGAAAUCAUAAUAUAGUCUGUAUUGUCUGAAAGAUCUAUAUCGUAAACCACAAUCUUGACAACUAUUUACUUUUGAGUAGUUUGUAUUUUAAUAUGUGACUUUUGUUUUGAAAAGUAAUAAAGCCAUAGACUUGUGCAAAACAAAUUUCAAGUUUAGAGAUAUUAAGUAUGUAAUGUAAGAAUCAAAUGUAUAUGUAAAAAUACUUUUAUCAGUCUGGAACUUGGGAAAAAUCCAAGGAAUCUGAAACAUAGAUUUUAAUGAGCUGAUGAACACAAAUUACGUUAAUAAAGGCAGUCAGGAUAUUUUAUCCUUAGCAUUGCUUCCGCACCCUGUGUGGGAUUCAAAUUCUUGAAUAUGUUCUUUUCUAAACCUUAAGAAUGUCUUUUCUUUACUAACAUGUAUUUACUUUCAGCAAAUAUUUCUGUUAUUGCUUGAUUAUGUAACAUUCACAGAUGUAGAGAAGGCAUUAUUUUUCAUUAAUAAAUGUGGAAUCGGAAU